ACUCUCUCCAAUCUCUCGUAAUCGUCACACAUACCGCCUGAUCAAGCCAGACCGAAUGCUCGCACCUCAUCCGCGCCAGUAACAGUGAUCAGCUCGUACCGUGAAGAUGGCUGGAGUAAACCGUAAGCAUCAUCUACUAGCAACGAUUGCCCUGCUAUGGCUGGUGGCCGCCAGCUGCCUGCUCGAGUCGGUCGACGCUCGCAAAAGCCGGGGCAGCUCGAAGCGUUCCUCGCGCCGACCGAAGGGCGUCAAUAUUGAGAUCUACCAUCCGAAGGGUGUGAUGGUGUGGUACCCGUACCGUGCCGGCAUGGAGCUGUUCGGCAUCGAGAUUUUCAUCAACAAGGCAAACCAACCGUCGUCGUCGGGUGACUCGAGUGAGGAAGAGUCCACACCGCCGGUGUGUGAUAUCUGUCUCAACACGACCGAAGUGUCGUACGGCAAGUUUAUACUGCGCAGCGAGGACGCCGUGAUCCGCAGCCGGGACCACGUGUACUACAAUGCGAUUGUGAAGAAAACCAGCGGCAAGGCGUACGUGUCCCGCUCGAACGAAUUCUACGUGUCAGAAAGUCGCAUUCUGCUGGGUGAUAUGACGGAAAAGGCUAGCUCGUGCAAUGGUACUACCGCCGUUGCAAACCUUUCCGAAAACGAUAAGCGGCUGGCGGAUGAGAUUAAGCUGCUGGAAGCGAUUCUGCUCGAGGUCAGUGAUCAGUGCCAGGCCAAUCGUACCAAGCAGUUGCUGCUGAGUGCGGAAACACCGACGCGGUACGAUGCCAAGCAGCUGUACCAGUAUGUGGCAGGGCAGCUGGAACAGAAGUUGCCCGCGAUCGACUGGAACCGGACGCUGGUGGAUGCGUUCUACGCCACGAACGGUAUUGGGUUUGAGGUGGCUUCCACCAUCGACAAGCUGAAGGUGUUGAAGUUGGCCAAGGCCCUACCGGACCAUCCCAUUACCGAUCUGGACAGCUUCCAGACGGAGGAUAUGACGAAUGAUAUUGAUUCGUGGAUGUAAUGCGUGGAUCCCGCGUUUGUGAUUAGGAUUAUUUUUAAACUAAAUGUGGCUUUUACCCAGAUGAUAACUUUCGUUGACCAUGCUCGGCGUGAGAGUAUGUGUGUGUAUGUGUGUAAUAAAUUGUUUGUUUUGUAUGUUUGA